AUGCUGCUCCCCAAGGGCGGACUGGACUGGAAGUCGGCGAGGGCGCAGAUCCCGCCGACGAGAGCGCUAUGGAACGCCGUGACGCGGACACGGUUCAUACUGCUGGUUGGGAUUACGGGACUCGUCCUGCUGCUAUGGCGGGGCGUGUCUACUUCGGCAUCAGAGAUGCAGAGCUUCUACUGCUGGGGCCCGGCCAAGCCACCCAUGGAAAUGUCACCGAACGAGCAUAACCGAUGGAACGGACACCUGCAGACACCGGUCAUCUUCAACCACCACGCGCCCAUCGAAGUCAAUUCGAGCACAAUCGAGCACGUCGACCUCAACCCCAUCAACUCGACCAAGCAGGCCCUCGCCAAGGAAGAGAGGAUACUCAUCCUGACGCCCUUGAAGGAUGCCGCGCCGUACCUGUCGAAAUACUUUGAGCUCCUCGCUGAACUGACGUAUCCUCAUCGAUUGAUUGACCUGGCCUUUCUCGUCUCAGACUCUACAGAUGACACCCUCGCCGUUCUCGCCUCCGAGCUCGACCGCAUCCAGAAGCGACCCGAUCAGAUCCCCUUCCAUAGCGCAACGGUCAUUGAAAAGGACUUUGGAUUCAAGCUCAGCCAAGAUGUCCAAGAGCGACACUCGUUCGAGGCUCAGGGACCCCGCCGAAAGGCCAUGGGCAGAGCCCGGAACUACCUCCUCUACACUGCCUUGAAGCCCGAGCACUCUUGGGUCUACUGGCGCGACGUGGACAUUGUGGACAGCCCUACCGGCAUUCUCGAGGACUUUAUCGCCCACGACCGAGACAUUCUGGUUCCAAACAUUUGGUUCCACCGUUACCGUGACGGUGUGGAUAUUGAAGGCCGGUUCGAUUAUAACUCUUGGGUCGAGUCCGACAAGGGCCGCAAGCUGGCGAACAGUCUGGACAAGGACGUUGUUCUUGCUGAGGGUUACAAGCAGUACGACACUGGCCGAACGUACAUGGCCAAAAUGGGCGACUGGCGUGAGAACAAGGAUGUGGAGCUUGAACUCGACGGCAUCGGCGGCGUCAACAUUCUGGUCAAGGCAGACGUGCACCGCUCCGGCAUCAACUUUCCGUGCUAUGCUUUCGAAAACCAAGCCGAAACAGAAGGAUUCGCCAAAAUGGCCAAGCGUGCCGGCUACGAAGUCUACGGUCUCCCCAAUUACGUUGUUUGGCAUAUCGACACCGAAGAAAAGGGCGGCAACGCAUAA